AGGUCAGACUCUCUAUAUCAGUGUUAUUAAUAGUGUAUAACAGCAGGAAUAUCAGUAGAUCAUCUCUGAUAAUCAGUUAUAGAGAAGAUGAUGAAGUGAAGACUGAAGAAACACACUGAACACAAUAUCAACAUGUCCAGCAGAGACAGCACAGAAAUGAAGAGAAACCAAAGUCCACCUGAUGAUCGUCCCAACAAAAUGAAGAGAAACCACAGUCCACCUGAUGAUCGUCCCAACAUGUCGAAGAUUAGCAGGUCUGAAAAACACAAACUGAAUCUGGUGUUGUGUGGAAGUGAUGCAGAUCUGAAGACCUCCGUAUCAAAACUCAUAAGAGGGAUAAAGACUUCAACAUCAGGACAAAGGUCCAGCUCAGAGUGUGUGAAGAGAGAAGGGGAGGUGUGUGGACGUCUGAUCACUCUGGUGGAGCUUCCAGCACUUUCUCAGAUCUCAGAAGAGGAAGUGAUGCGUCAAUCUCUCCACUGUGUGUCUCUCUGUGAUCCUGGAGUUCAUGUUUUCAUCCUCAUUAUUCCUGUUGGUGCACUCACUGAUGAAGACAGAGCAGAAAUAGAGAAGAUCCAGAAGAUAUUUUAUUCAAGAGAUCACUUCAUGGUGCUUUUCACCUCUAGAAUCCCUGUUAAUGAACCUUUGAUUGAUUUUGCUAAAUCUAUCAUAAAUUCUCAGAGUCUCUGUGGAGGUCGACACAAAGUGAUGGGGUUAAAAGAACAUGACAACACCAAACAGAUCCCAGAACUGCUGGAUUAUAUAGAGAACAUGAAGACUGAACCCUAUUCACUUCAGAUGUAUGUGAGAGCUCAAGAGAAGAGAAGAAUAGAUGAAACAGAGGAGAAAUAUAAAGAAGAACUGAAGAGAAUGGAGAAUGAAAUCAAAGAACUACAAGAGAAGCUUCUGAGAUACGGUGCUGAAGGUGAACCAGAAGAUCUGAAGUGUCUGCGAUUUGUGCUGAUCGGGAGGACAGGAAGUGGAAAGAGUGCGACAGGAAACACUAUUCUAGGGAGAAAAGAGUUUGAUACUGAAUUCAGCUCAGUUUCAGUGACGAGUGUUUGUCAGAAGGGAGUUGGUGAAGUUGAUGGUAAAUCAGUAGCUGUUGUAGAUACUCCAGGACUGUUUGACACGUCACUGUCAAAUGAACAAGUGAUGGAUGAACUAGUGAAAUGUGUUUCACUGUCAGCACCUGGACCUCAUGUCUUCAUCAUCGUGUUGCGUUUGGGAAGAUUCACUAAGGAAGAGAUGGACACUUUACAUCUGAUAAAGAAGAUCUUUGGUCCAAAAGCUGCUCAGUUCAGUAUUGUUCUGUUCACCAGAGGAGAUGAGUUGGGAAAAACAUCUAUACAAUCAUUCAUAGAGAAGAGUGCAGAUCUCAAGAAACUGAUCAGAGACUGUGGAAACAGAUACCUGGUCUUUAAUAACAGAGAAGAACGAGACCGAACUCAAGUCUCACAUCUGUUGAACAUGAUAGAGCAGAUAAUCAGCAACAACACAGGCAGAUAUUUCACUAAUGACAUGUUUGAUGAGGCAGAGAUGUCCAUUAAAAAGAGAAUGGAGGAAAUAUUAGAAGAGAAAGAGAGAGAAAUUCAGGCUCAGAAAGAGGAAUUAAAAGUCAAAUAUGAGAUGGAAAUGAAAGACAUGAUGAAGAGACUGGAGGAAGAGAAACAAAAGAAAGAAGAGGAAAGAGUGCAGAUGGAGAACAAGUUCAGAGAAAAAGAGGAAAGUCUCAGAAAACAGUUUGAAGAGAAAGAAAAAACAAAACAGAAGAAACGAGAGAUGGAGGAUCAGAAACGAUCAGAAGAGGAAAAACAACAGAAAGAUGAAUAUAAUAAAACAAUGGGAGACAUGAAGAGAGAGAUUGAAAAUCAGAGAUCACAGUAUGAAAAACAGCAGAAAGAAAGAGAAGAAGAAGAUAGAAAGAAAGAAGAGAAAUACAAACACGAUCAAGAAAAGAUUAAAAAUGAGCAAGAACGAAUCAUAACAGAAUUAAAAAUGAAACAAGAAAAGGAAACAAAAAAGAGAGAUUCAGAGGAACGAAAGAGGAAAAUACAAGAAGAGAAAGAAAGAAAAGAAUGGGAGAGAAAAAUAAAAGAGGCUGAAAAUGACAGAAAAGAGUUUCAAGAGGACAUUAAACGACAACAGAGAGAAUGGGAGGAUGAAAAGAAAAGACAGAUGAGUAAACGAGAGGAAGAAGAAAGAAAGAGAAGAGAGAGACACGAGAAACAGCUGAGAGAAAAACAAGAAGAAAUGAAGAACAUGAGAAAGAAAUUUGGCAGAGAGAGAAAAGAAGAAAGACAGAAGAGAGAGGACGAGAGACAACAAGAGAGAAGAGAGAGAGAACAGAAAGAGAGAGAAUAUGAACAGAUGAAAGAUGAAAUGAAAAGACAUUAUGAGCAGCAGGAACGAAAGAUGAAAGAGGAGUGGGAGAGAAGAAAACGAGAGGAUGAUGAGAGGAGAGAAGAAGAGAGAAAGAAAUGGGAGAAAAAGAUUGAAGAUCUGAAACAAGAGCGAGAGACAGAGAUCAAGAGAAGAGAUAAAAAGGAGAGAGAAAGAAGAGAAAGAGAAGAAAAACAGCGUGAAGAAAUGAAACAGAAACAUGAAGAAGAAAUGCAGAAGAUCAAGAAGAAACAUGAAGAUGAAGCCAGAAAACAAGCAGAAGAAUUGAAUGAUUUCAGAGAGAGAAAAGAGAAACAUGUUCAAGAACUCAAAGAGAUGCUCGAAGAACAUCAAAAACAACGUGAAUUACUGGAAAAACUGCAUCAACACUUCAAAGAUGAAAAAAGUGAAGAAGUGAAAGAGCUUAAAGAAGAAAUUAAUGAACUGAGAAAUAAGUCAUAUUGUGUCAUUAUGUGAAACUUUAUGAAUUAAAGAUUCUCUGAUUAUAAUUAAUGCUUAUUAAUUACACAAAAAUGACACAAAAAGUACACAAUGCACAGAAUAAGCAUUUAUUACUAGUGCAUUGUGUCUUUAUACUGUAUGAAUCAGAGCAUAUCUUAAAAACAAAUGAAACGAAAUAAAGAACUUC